AUGGAGGCGGCGGCCGCAGACCGCCAGCCCGAUAUCCCUCCCAGCGCGUGGGCGGCAGCGUCGGCGCUCUCCGAGCUCACCGUCCACGCGGCAUGGGCGGCUGCCAACGCACGCACGCUGCAGUGGGGCGCGUCGCACCGCGACGCACAGCGCGCCAAGGAGGUUGCCCUCCAGCUCGAGGCGCUGCUGCCCGAGGGCGCCGCUCCCGCCGUGGUGCAGCUUUCCCUCGCGGCGGCGUGGUACGCGUCAAACACGCGGCGCCUGCUGCUCUUCGACGCGGCGCGCGACCUGCGGAAGCUGGAGGAGGCCGCCGCCGAGCUCGCCAAGGUGAUGCCACCGGAGACGGCGAAGAGCGUCAAGGCGCUUGCCACGUCCGCCGCCUGGCACGCGGCCAACGCGCGCUCGAUGCUCUGGCUCGACGCGGAGCGAGACCUGACGCGGUUCGAGGAGUGCUGCCGGCAGCUGCCGGCGCUGCUGCAAGGGGUGACCGACGGCGCCGCCGCAGAGACACCCGCCGACGCGUCGAGGGCGCGGGCAGGCGGGUCCGCGGGCGACCUCUCCGCGGGCGACCUCUCCGCGGGGGACGCGCUGCGGCGGCUCGACUGCGCCCUCGACGAUGUGGCUCCUCUCUGGGCGGCGCUCGACCCGGCGGCGCUGCGGAGGGGCGACGACGGCGGCGCGGAGGGGGAGGGGGAGGCGACCUUCGAGGCGCCGCUCGCGGCGUUCUUUGCUGAACUGUGA